UGAUAGAUGUUUCGAACGUGUCGAAUAGCCAACGUCCAAUAUAAAACCAACUUUAGUUACAGCUCCGAAUAGCGCUGAAGCGCAGUAACGUUACUUACUUGAGUAGAUGUACUUUGCAUGUGAGCUGAUGACAUCAUUGCGUGCAGUCCUCCUCCUCCUCUUCCUCCUCCUCCUCCUCCUCUUUCAGACAGGCUGCUGCUGCUGCUGCUGCUGCUGCUGAGGAUACACAGCCAGAGGAGUUAUGCCCUGCCCAGCAGCGGCUUUGCCUAUUUGAUGAGGUGACCUAUGCAUACCGAGUAGUUAUAAAUCCGGGGAAUACCCCGUGUUUUUGUUUAGCAUGAGCAUGGAAGAUUAUGACUACCUGUUCAAAAUAGUUCUGAUAGGAAAUGCUGGAGUUGGGAAGACAUGUCUUGUCCGCCGCUUUACUCAGGGCCUUUUCCCACCUGGACAGGGGGCUACUAUUGGAGUAGAUUUCAUGAUUAAAACAGUGGAAAUCAAAGGGCAGAAGGUCAAGCUGCAGAUAUGGGACACAGCUGGACAGGAGAGAUUUCGCUCCAUUACUCAGAGUUAUUACCGCAGUGCCAACGCCCUCAUUCUUACAUACGACAUUACCUGUGAGGACUCCUUCAGGUGCCUUCCAGAGUGGCUGAGGGAGAUUGAGCAGUAUGCCAACAACCAGGUGGUGACUAUAUUAGUCGGUAAUAAAAUAGAUCUGGCAGAGAAGAGAGAGGUUCUCAGACAGAGGGCUGAAGACUUCGCCGAGUCUCAGAGCAUGCUGUAUCUGGAGACCUCCGCCAAAGAGUCCGACAAUGUUGAGAGACUUUUCCUCGACCUGGCCUGCGAACUCAUUCAAGAGGCUAAGCAGAACAAGCUGGAUAACAAUGACACUGCCCCAAUGCCCGGUGAGGGUAAAACCAUCAGUUACUUGAGCUGCUGCAACCUCAAUUAGAGAGAGCUCAGACUUCUGGCCGUGGUAACUCAGCAGCCAUUGACUGUAGAGGGCAGAUGGCUGAUCCCCCAAUGCCUCCGUCCUUCUAAAAUGGCAUAAAGCCACUUCUUAAUCUCGUCAUUUCUAGUCCCAUGCAUUUUUUUAAACUGCACACAGGAGUUAGUCAAAGUUAGUUUGGCUUCCCAGGAGCAAGCAUUUUAGAUGCUGCCAGUUUGGAUAACAUUGUCCUCAAUGCAGCAGGAUGUAAAGUUUGUCUGCCUGAUGCAUCCAGGAAUCUGAGUAGGGCUCCAUUUUGUCCCCCUAAUGGCAAAAUGGCAGCAUUUUCCUGUUUGGGCUUUAGGAUCCAUUGUCAUUAAAACACACAUCAAUAUUCACCAGCAGUAUUACUUGAGCAAAAAGUUCUACCAGGGAUUUUGUUACAGAUUCCACAUCGCUGACAACAAGUGUCAUGGUCAUUGGAGGUUAUCAGUAAAUGGUAACAAUAUGUUUACAUACAGUACGUUCUUUUUUAGAUUAUCAAGUCUGAUCAAGUUGCAAAAAAAAAAGAGUUUGCAAACUUACCCUAAAAUCUGUUGCACAAUCAUAUUCCCCACUAGUUUUUUUUCUGCUCUGAGAAUGGCAUACAAUUUAAUGAACUUUCAUAAUCUCAUUUCUCAGUAGUUAUUUGCACCCAUCAUUACAAACUGUGAAAUAUUUGUUUCCAAUUGCUGCUAAAAUAUGUUUUUGUGUCAGAUAACAUAAACUAAAACACAUGUAUAAAUACUACAUUGAAACAGUAUUCUGUGACACCAUUAUUUUUUAGCAUUCUUGCAGUGCUUGCGAUAAGUCCGUUGGUAUAGUAUGAAGCAGUUGGAAAAGCCUCAGAUAUUGUCAGUCAUCAGUAGAAAUUAUAAACAGUUUACUCGAAAAGACCUUUUAUUUGACUGUCAGCUGUUUCUUUUAUCCACAGACAUGGAUAUUUCUGCCUUUGUUGUUGCUGCCUAGCCAUGAAAUUGUAUCACUUCUUAUUAAUUUGAAGGGGUAUGUUCAUGUAGUUUCGUGUAUGACUUGUUGUAGCUACUUCAUAUGCUUUUAUUGUGAAAUUUCUUGAUUGUCCAGCAUGUUUUUGCCAUGAUUUGGAGUGUCUAACUUUAUCUAUCCUAUAUUUGCCAUACCUGUAAUGUACCGUAUUGCACAAUGCCAUAUACUGCACACUUAUUGUUUUUUAUUGUAACAUUUUGUCUUUUGUUGUACAGAUGUCUAGUACAUUUUGGCACUUUGCUUUUAUAUUUUUUAAUUACAGUAAUCCCUUUGUACAACCAGCAAGCAUUUUGUUUUGCCUUUUAUCUUAGAUUUAACAGCAGUGAUUUAUUGUUAAUCCCUUGCAUCUUCUUGUCAACACAAUAUUGGGAAAUACAAAGGAAACACUAUUGGGAUGUUGUGCUUCUUUUUCUUUGUGUACAAAAUAUUACCAACAUAAUACUGUAACAUUAAAUAAUUACACUAAA